AUGAAGCUCCUCGCCUCAAUCUCCCAAACUUCCCAUUUCUUCACAGCAACUCUCCUCCUCCUCCUCAUCACCCUCGUCUCCGCAACCCCUUCGGACCUCGAUGCAGGUAACGUUGAUCUCACGCCACACGCCAGCCUCCCCGAAGGCUACACCGAGGGCGACCUCCGCAUGACCGGUACCUUCGCCGACAACAUCGCAAUCAACCACACCGGCACCAUCGAGCAGAUCUUCGCCCAACUAGCCAUCGAGCAUCCCAAUAUCAAUUUCACCGAACUCGCUCUCGCUACACCUAACAUGAAGACCAUUGAGAAGAGAACCAAAUCAGAUUUGAACUGCAUCCCCGUCUCUGGCCAGAACUGGUAUCCCGCAAAGGACUGGGCUAUCAUCAAUGGAAUUGAUUAUCUCCAGAAAGUCACAGCUUCGUGUGGGGUUGGAGCGCAUAAAUGUUCGCGUGUUUCUUGCUCGUAUAAUUCUGGUAUUCGGCUUUGCAAUAAUAAUGAUUACGAGCGAAGCUUUUCAUGCACAUGGAUCGCCUCGUUUGCGGAGGAUAUCCGCGAGAACUGCAGAUAUCGCCCUGAUCCACAUGGUAUCGAUUUGGUUGGUGGACAGGCUUGGGAUACGGAGAACUAUAAUGUUUGUGUCUUCCAGGAGAGAUGCUAA